CCCAAAAAGACCACGUUACUCGGUCGCAUGUGUCGAAGCUUGCGCAAGCUGGGGCAGCUCACCAAACACCAUCCGGAAACGUACGAAUAUUUCCGAAGCUACUCGGCUGUGGUCGCCGAACGACAGAGACAACUACUGGAGGAGGGGGGAAAUGUUAUACACCCUCUUAGCUUAUUCAGCCUAGUUUGGAUGUCCGUGAUGAUAGUUGUAAAUCUAACACACAUGGUCUUGUCGAGUUUUCGGCUGUUUUUCAUCCUGCAGCCGAUCGAGGAGCCGCAGAUACACCCGUUAGACCUGGUGAUGUUAGGCCUACAGGUCGCCUGUCUCAUCGACAUCUUCAUCAAGUUCAACACGGGAUAUUUAAACAGAAGUCAGUUCCAUGUUGUUAUGAGUAGAAAAUCUAUCUUCUGCCACUACCUUCGUCAGUGGUUCAUUGUGGACCUGGUGUCCAGCCUGCCAGGUGUCUACGUCGUGCUCACUUACAUGAAAAACAGUAAUCGAUUGCAGUUAGUAGCGUAUUUGAUGGCUCUACUUAGAGCUGCCAAGAUCUACAACGUUGUUAUUGACCUGAAGGUCUUUUUGAGGCUGUUUACAGAGUCGUACAUCGUGCAUGGUCUGGUCCGCCUGAACGUGAUGUUUGUGCUAUCUUCGCACUGGUGCAGCUGUCUCAUGUACUGUCCUGCCAUCGUCGUCUAUUACUGGACGGGUGAGAUGCCGACACAUUACAACUUCUACAUGCGCAUCCCUGGCACGAAAGAUUUGAUGGGACAUGACCUGACCACUCGAUACAAUAAAGCCAUUAUAAUUGCUCUAUCCGCCUUCUUUGGUACCGGAUUUACAAUGUUCCGCUCAACAGAACCAGAUGAAAUCUUAAUUCAUUCCGUAAUCAUUGUCUACGCCGCUAUGUUCAUGGUAUUUACGCUAGUUUACCUGAUAAAAAGUUAUCUCACAAUCUAUGGGUCUACAAUGCGGUACCAGGGACUUAUGAAUCAAGUAGAGGAGUACAUGAAAUACAGACAGUUCCCGCUUUCCUUGAAGAAACGAGUGCGUGCUUUCUACAAGUUUAGAUAUCAGGAGCGGUACUUUAAAGAAGAGUCUGAUCUUGACUGUCUUUCAGAGGAAUUACGUGACGAAAUUAAGCUGCACACGUGUCGCACGUUGGUCCACAAAGUGAAGUUGUUCGAAGACGUGUCUGCGAGCGUGGUGGGCACAGUGCUAGGCUGUCUGCGCCCCGAGGUGUUCCUGUCAAAUGACUUGGUGGUCCGCGCGGGAGAUAUCGGCGACUGCAUGUACUUUAUAGCCACUGGGACUGUCGCUGUGUACUCCUUGAAGGGAGUCGAGGUGUGUCACUUAGAGGACGGCCACCAUUUUGGCGAAGUAGCGUUACUGAUGAAAGAUAGCAAGCGCAUAGCUACUGUGGUCGCCGUCGAGAUUACUCAGCUGUAUAGACUUGAUGCAGUUGACUUCAAUCGAUUCGUGUUGUCUCACUCGACAUUGUACGACCGCAUCGAGGAACUGGCGUCGCGUCGCAUGCACCAGACUGUGCUACUAGAUGACGAAUUCCGCCGAGAGAGAGAACAGCACAACCUAGCCGAACAACUCUUUAACCUUCCUAAUGAAAAUACUGAAAACUUAAACAAAGUUUUGUAGUUCAAAAGUAAAGUACUUAGUUGUUUUUUUAAUUGGAGCUGAUCGACCACAUACUACAUAGUUUUGUAAAAUUGUAUAUGAAACUACUUAUAUUUAACUAAUUUAAAAAUAUUUGGGUCUAUGUGAUGUAAGACUUGUAAAAGCAGCCAUGAUGAUCAAGAUUCUAUUUUUAAAUAUUUCCAGGAUUUAACUUAAGAGCAUGGUUGGCACGGUAGCGGGGCAACCUGUUGCCAUGUAAAAUGUAGUGAAAUUGAUUCCCACAUGGAGUAACUCUUUGUGAGAUCCACAGAAAUUGUUCUACUGCAUCUGGGUAUCUUGUAUAUACCUAUGCAAAACUUAUUUUCUAUGCAAAACUUAUUUAUUCUCUCUUAUUUUAUUGCUUUCUUAUAAGAAAGAAUACAUUAAAUAUAAAAAUAUUUGCAAUGUUAUUGCACUUAUUUAUUAUUCAG